GCGGGGCGGGGGAGCCGCGCCGCCGCCGCCGCCUCCUCCUCCUCUUCUUUCUCCCGCAGCCGCCCCUGCCCGUCGAGGCAGCGCUCCCAGGCUCCCCCGGGGCGCUCGGCAUGAGGAGAAUCAGGGCUAAUGCCAUCGCCAUCCUGACCGUCGCCUGGAUCUUGGGCACUUUCUACUACUUAUGGCAGGACAACAAGCCGCGCUCGGCGGCUGCCGGCAGGUCCGCCGGAGGCGGUAGCGGCGGCGCCCGGAGCGGGCAGAGGGCGGCCGGCAGGCUGGAGCUGCGCCGGGAGGAGAGGACCAUCCCCCUGAUCAUGACGAGGGCUCCCCAAGGAGAGAAGAGCAGCCGACGGGGUUUUGAUGAGAAGGCUUACUUGUCCUCCAAGGUGCUGAAGGCUGGAGAAGACCCCUACCGCCAGCACGCCUUCAACCAGCUGGAGAGUGACAAACUCAGCAGUGACCGACCCAUCCGGGACACCAGGCACUACAGGUGCACCUCUGUACGCUAUGACACUGACCUGCCUGCCACCAGUCUCAUCAUCACCUUCCACAAUGAGGCGCGAUCCACCCUGCUCCGCACGGUCAAGAGUGUUCUGAACCGCACCCCUCCCAGUCUCAUCCAGGAGAUCAUUUUGGUAGAUGACUUCAGCUCAGAUCCUGAGGAUUGCCAACUCCUUACCAAGAUUCCAAAGGUUAAGUGUCUACGAAACACCCAUCGGGAAGGGCUGAUCCGCUCUCGGGUGCGAGGAGCUGAAGUGGCAACUGCUGACAUCCUCACCUUCUUGGACAGUCACUGUGAAGUCAACAGCGAGUGGCUGCAGCCAAUGCUUCAGAGAGUGAAAGAGGAUUAUACCCGAGUGGUGAGUCCAAUCAUUGAUGUUAUCAGUCUGGAUAAUUUUGCCUACCUGGCAGCAUCAGCAGAUUUGAGGGGAGGGUUUGACUGGAGCCUCCACUUUAAGUGGGAACAGAUUCCUAUAGAGCAGAAGAUGUCCAGAACAGACCCAACUCAGUCUAUAAGAACUCCUGUCAUAGCAGGAGGCAUCUUUGUGAUUGACAAGUCCUGGUUUAACCACUUGGGAAAAUAUGAUACUCAAAUGGACAUCUGGGGAGGAGAAAAUUUCGAGCUCUCUUUCCGAGUGUGGAUGUGUGGUGGCAGCUUGGAGAUCGUUCCCUGCAGUCGAGUGGGACACGUGUUCAGGAAGCGCCAUCCCUAUGACUUUCCUGAGGGCAACGCACUGACUUACAUCAAGAACACCAAGCGCACAGCAGAGGUGUGGAUGGAUGAAUACAAGCAGUACUACUACGAGGCCCGGCCAUCAGCUAUUGGCAAGUCCUUUGGAAGUGUUGCAGACCGAGUGGAGCUGAGACACAAACUGAACUGUAAAUCCUUCCAGUGGUAUCUGGAGAAUGUCUACCCCGAGCUCAAGAUUCCUGAAAAAGAGUUGGUUCCAGGAAUAAUUAGACAAGGAAGAAACUGUCUGGAGUCUCAGGCACAGGAUACCACGGGGAAUGUGUUGGCUGGCAUGGGAAACUGUAAAGGGACGGUGAACAAUCCACCUGUCACUCAGGAGUGGAUAUUCAGUGACCCUCUAAUUAGACAGCAGGACAAGUGUCUUUCCAUUACCUCCUUCUCUACUGGUUCUCAAAUCACACUGGAAGCUUGCAAUCAAAAAGACGGCAGACAGAAGUGGAAGAUGAAAGGCAGUUUCAUUCAACACUUUGUCAGUGGUCUCUGCCUGGAAAACCAGACUGGAAGAGUGGUGACCAAUCCCUGUCAAGCAGGUGUACCUGGCCAACAGUGGGAGCUGCUACAAGCAACAUGAUGGUAGCACGGAGAUCUCCUUGUUUCUUUGUGCAUGAGACUUUGGGAACAGAGGGGGAUCAGGAAAGGAGGAAUGGUUUUGUAUGUCUGACCCUAAAUGUUUUCAUUGUGCCCAUCAGUAAGCCACCACUUCAGCUGAGCACUUGAUGUUUUUGAGCUUUUCAGAGAAGAAGCUGGGGGUGAGAGGGAUCAGGACUGAUGUAAAAAUCUUCCCAUCUACUGUCUUAAGUCCUCCUUUGUAGCUGAUGCCUGUGCACAGCUGCACCUAGAGAUGGAGGAGGACUCAGCCCAAUACUUGCAGCUCUCCCAAUCCUUUCCUUUCUCUACAUCCAGAGUACACAACCUUCAGUCCAGCAGCUUAGGCUGUGCUUGUACAAACAUUGAUAGCUCCUUGGCUUCCCUGGCUUUUUGCUCUAACAUUGUGCAUUGUUUAUGCAUACGUCUGUCAGCAAGGACUGGCCAGAAGAGUCAUCGUGAUCAGUGGAGAGGCUGGGAAAGAGCUAGCUGGUCCUGGGGGCAGGUUUGUCACCUCUUCUUUGUGGGCCCAUUCCUUCUGCCCACAAUAGCUGCCCUACAGCCUAAUGUGCUGAGGUUGGGCAGUGCUAACAAGAGAGAUUGAAAAGGGACUAUCUGUUUUACCAGCAUAACCAGGGAUUGUUUCAGGAACUAUUCCCAGUUGAAGUCUUCUUUCCAGCUUUUUCAUGUGUGGAAGGCCAGCCCUGCCCCCAAGAGUGGCCCAAGCUUGCAGGUUCAGGGUACCAUGUUCUGGUGAAGCCAGCCACACACAGAGGUGCUGCACUUGGCUCAGGCCUGUGAUAGGGGUCCACCCAGAUCCCCACUGUGAGAGACAGAAGGGGACAGCCCCUGGGUCAGACUUCUUGUUGCUGGUUGGGCAGGGCCACAGUUCUCAUGCUUGUCUCUCCAACUCUUCAUAGCCCCUGUGACCAGAGCCUGGCAUGACAAACCACCCAUUCCUUCUGUCUAGUUGUUUUUCCCUCUCUCUGAAAAAGACAAGGAAAAAAGGCUGGGGCUGCUCUACUAUUGCCAUCCCUCUCUCUUCCUGGUGAGCACCCUGGGGAGAGGUUAUAGCUGAUGGAACUGAAACUGUCCCCUGCACAAAUGCUGCCACAGGGCAGGCCUGCCCUGAGAGAGGCUCCUUUGUGUUCUGGAAAUACCAAAGACACUGGUAGGCUCUAGCUAGCAUCCCAAUCCUGCUCCCAGUUACCAGUCAGCUCUAGCCACGUGUGGGUUUGAAACCUGGCAAGGGCUACUAACUCGUCCAAAUAAAGUCCCUACAACCUUGCCUUCUGCUAACUAGAGCUGUUAAAUUUUCCUCUUGAGGUAGAUUCUGUAAACCAACCCUCCUUUCCAAGAACCUGACAGGGGAACCAGAUGGUGGGACCAUUUCAUUAGGCAAUUGCUUGCCUGGAUCCUUUCUAAUCUGGUGUAGAAGAAACAGGUUGUUCAUUUGGAUUCUGAACAGCUGUUUGCUUUUGAUCAUGUUUGUAUCUCUUUUCUAAUUCUUUCUCUUAGCUUGGUAUUAGCCCAAACAGUUGACAAAAGAACAGAUAAUGUUCUUCAUACAUUGCAUGUGCUUAGUGUGAAAACUGCAGAAUGUUUUUUGGUUUUGGUUUAAAAAAAAUAAAUCCAUCAUGUGGCAGGAGCUCUUAUCCUGUCUCCCUGUUCACUUUGAUAUCAGAUCCCUGUCUCAGCACUGAUUAGCCAGAAGAAUGACCUGCCUGCACUGUGAAGACUCACAAGGGAGUUCUUUUUGAUCCUUACAGAAUGAUGCAGCUACUCUUCUGUGUGGAAAUGAGGGCACUGACUCUGCAGUGAUUUCUCUUUCCCUGUACAGAGAUGCUUUGGGCCAGAACCACUGAGGUCAGGAGAGGGCAGAGAAGGAAGGAAAAUAGCCUAGGAACAGAAUGAGAGCAGGCCAGACAGAUCCAUUGAGGGGAGAGAUGCCAUCCUAUUAGCUACUGCAUUUUUAAACAAGAAUACACAGGACAUGGUCCUUUCAGAAUAGCAUCUUUAUGCAGUAGGAGACAGGAACAAUCAAGUUCUUACCUGCCUGGCUUGAAAAAUAUUGAUGCAAAAACAGAUGAAGGGCCACUGAGCAGACUGUUUGUAACUCUGUAUACAACAAAGUAUGAAAGGAUUACAUAUUUUCAUCAAAACACAGGCUAAGUGGACCAUCUGACCUCCCCCAGUUUCACUCUCCAGCACUUACGUGUCGCAGCUAACAGCAUGUUCACUCCUCUACCAGGUACUGCCUCCUCCCUCCCUGCUCCCACUGUGUGUGUGCAGCUUUCUUGCAGUCCCUCCUCAUAACCACUCUGGGACCAGGACCCAGCUCCUCUACAAACAAUGCUCCUGACUGCUGCAGACCACAGAAGCUCUGCUUCUUUGCAGUCUCCAAGCUCUGGGCCAGCCCUAACUCAAAGGGCUCUUGUCAGCACGAUGACUGCUGCCCUUGACUGUGUGUUUGGCUCCCAUGCUGGAGGUUGCUGACUGCUCCUGGAGCAGACAUACCUGGACUAGCUGUGUUGAUUUGUUCCUCUCUUCCUGCUGCUCUCCUGGCAGGGUGUGAGCUGGCAUCCUCUUGGGCUGUAAGCUGGGGCUGCAGAAGAUGGGACACUCUCCUUCUUCAGGUACCCUGGCCUAGGGAGGAAAGGGCAAAAUGGACAGAUGCCAGAUGUCGGUAACUCAAAUUGCUUGUCAAGUUUGGAGUUUCAUUUUUUAAUUCUACCUGGUUUCGUACAUGUUCACCUGAGGUCACCUCCUAACUGGUCACUCUUUUUCUGUCAGCUAAAGCAUUGCUUUAGCUCAACAUCGACCUCCCCACACAUCAUCCUUUGGAAGCUGUUGGUUUCCAAUGUAUUUUAGCAGUUGCUGAAAAGGGGGUACGUUACAAAAGGCUGCUGUCAAGUGUGGGCAAACUGAACUUCUUCUUGGAACAAACAAAAUCUUGUUCAAACUCAUUAGCAUACUCUACAUUUCCUUUGCACUGAAGGGAAGGAAGAACAGUGUUAUCUCUACUUUUUCCCCCAAAGUCCACGCAGUGCCAUGUUUUGUAACAGGUGUCUAUUAGGAUUUCUUUAAACAAACUGACUAUUUUUAAGUCAGAAACAGCAGCUGCUCACCGUUGUUUUCCUGUUUACUUUAAACAGCCCCCUAGACUGUCAGUAGAGAGCAUUUGCAUUGGUAAUAUCCUGAAAGAAAGCUGUUACUGUAUCAGAGCAUCCAAUGUAAUUUCCUGUGCUGUGAACCAAUGGGGGUUUAUUUAAGAGGAGCUGAAUCUACUGUUGUACAGAAAUCAGUUUCAAAAGGUUUAUUUUUUCCCACUCACUUGUAAGUUGCCCUUUGCCAGAUGUAAUUUAUGUGGAACCCAGAUUAGUUUUCCUUUUUCUUAAAAAAAAAGCAUGUGCCAGAAUCUGUUUAAUGCCUGGAAUAAAAUCCAUUUGGAAAUAA